CAAGAGGAUACUUGUUUUGUCGAUAGGGUUAGAGAGAUAAAUAGUGCCUAUGUAUCAGAUCUAGUAAAGUCAGUGGCAUCCUGUAACGCUCGCAAUUAUUUGGAAAGACAUGCGUACUAUCGGAAGGAUUGGGCUUGAGGCCCAGUACAACGCGCGAACCGGCUCUGCAGUGAAGGCGGAGCAUGUCUGGUUCGUCCGUUCCAUGCUGGCGUUACUGACAGCCGCUGCGGUUUCGCUUUGGGAUUUCGUCGUGCCAUAUUUUUACUUCGAGCUGUUCCUGCCCACAGUUGGCCGCUAUGCACUUACCGAAGCGUGGGUUGCCAGUGGGGCCUUCUUCCUCUGGAUUAACGUUUUCAGUCUCAUCCGGACCGCCGGGCUCCGUAGCGAGACGCUUAAUAAGUGGCACAUACACGAUUACAAGGCCCGCAUGGCCGGUCGCGGCUGGACCGUAGAAGCAGAGGCGGGGGAUGUUGGCACUGUUAGCCACAUAUCUUCCGCCGCCAGGAGCGAUGUUGUUUUCGCGAGCAGCGAAGUAGAGGCGGCCAAGACGACGUCCCGAAAAAAUCUACGCCAGGAGAAAUGGACGUGGAGGCAGUAUUUGUUUCAGAGUCAGGGCGCAAAGAAAGCUUUUCUGCCAGUUUUCGUCUACAUGUUGGCGAUAUUUCUAUUCCACGAGUUCGUACGCAAGAGGCCACCGCUAACGGAGAGGUACCCGGAUAAAUUCCGUUGCCUGGCGGAACUGGGUUUCGGAGUGGUUGCGUACGUAUGGGCUCAGAGAAAUUCAUGUCUAGUACCAUGUUCGAAAAUUUAAAUUUCGCAGUUUUCGAAUAGCGCCAAUGGCAAAACAUUGCGCGCCUCCUUUGCUUGUGCAAGUUGCCCAGCCACGGAGCUGCUGCCAGAGUCGAACCGCUACAGUUCUGCAAGAAGUAGCGACGGCAGCGCCGGCGCCGCGCUUUUUAUUUCGCACGUUAAGCGCUUCGGCCCUCUGGGUUAUGACCUCACUCCUGGCAUCCUGCUCUGUUGUGGUCGUCGCCCGGGCACAGGCCUGCCGCCCACGUUGGGGCCUUUGCCCGAAGAAAAAACUGGAGCAGUUGCACUGGUCGCCGGCUUGUGUUUCUCGGUCUUAGGUGUUUCGGCUCAGUUUGGUGGCUCUGCGUGUUUUCGGUUUUCGGCGGUUUUGUCGGCCAUCGGGGGCCGCGAUUUGGGGGCAGGGCAUAGGGGUUCUGGCCGCCGGGAGCGUCUGUAGUUCGCCCCUCUGAGUGGCAGAGCGACACCUCUACAGACGGCAAGCAUUCACGAUCGGCACUGGCACUAUGAAGAUUGUGGCUAAGAAACCAGCUGAGUGGAGUGCGUUGCGAACCACUUUAGGGCAUGUUCUGAAUAGUGAGGGGCCCGGCUCCGGUUUUCAGGGGGUGCGCUCUGUGGUCCCCUCGCGGUGUGUAGCUGCAAGGCUUUGCCGGAAGGUGGCUGCCCGAGCCCUCCUUCCGGCGCCCUCCAGGCAUUCUCUUGUGGGGUGUUUUAAGUCGUCGUCGAUGUGGCGCCACGCUAGGGCCAGCUCGGAAAAGGAAGGGCAUUAGGUCCGCGCCCGGCUUCGCAUAGGCCAGGGCGCAAGAGGUUUCGGGCCGUGGACAAGCAAAGCCAACAAAGCUGAGCGCCUUCGCCGUGGUUCGGCAAGCUGGUUGCCCUUCGUGAAGUGAAGCGCCUCAACUCCGGCCAUUUUUGUAAAACCCGCCCCCGACUGCGAGGUGGCUCGAGGCGAGACAAAUGACACGGCCCCACGUGGAUGCCAGCAUAGGCAGGCUCCUCCCGCUUCGGCCUCUGGGGCAGGUAGGUCUGCAAGGGUUGAGCGGCCUCAGCUCAGAAGGGGGCGAUGGGCUUUGCCUUCAAAGCUGAAGCGCCUCGGGUCUGGCCAUUUAGAAGAAAGCAGCGGGAGGGCCGGGGCCGUUUCCGGGUUGGGACGAGGGGCGCCUGGGUUCCGAAGAAUGUGGCGGAGGUUUGGAAGGAGGGGGUCCAGGCUCCGGAUGAGGGCGCUUGGGCUGUGGAAGAAGUGGUCUGGGUUCCGCGUGAAGGGGGCCGGGGCCCACAGGAGAAGACCUGGCUCCGGGAGUAGGCGGCUGAACUUGUAGAGGAGGUGGUCCGGGUUGGGAAGGAGAAGGCUCGGGCCCCAGGGGAGGUAGCGGGGGUUGGGGGAGGAGGUAGUUGGGACAUCUGCUGGCGCUAGUGCAAAUUGUUGGGGAUGAAUCGUUUUCGUUUUGGAUUUGCGUUCGACUCUUCCGGCUACACCUUGCAAUGAGUCCAGGCAGGGACUCCUUGCAAGGACUCCUUCGAAGGAGUCUUUUAAAUUUACGCACUUGAAUUUAUUGCCAUUGGCAACAAAUUCAAGUGCGUAAAUUUAAAAGACAGUAAAUUCAAGUGCGUAAAUUUAAUUAUGAAGAGAAAUAGUUGAGACUCUAUUGAAAGAGUCAUUGCAGUGAGUCGUUCCAGUGACUCUUUUAAAUUUUCACACUUGAAUUGUUACCCAUCGGGGGUAGCAAAAAAAAGAGUGCUGAAAGCGACUCGUUUUUCGAGACCAAUAACAGCCCCAACAAAUUUUCACACUUGAAUUAAUUUCCACCAGGAGGAGUCGCCUUCGUCAGUGGCGAAUAGAUUUUCAGUUUACAAUGGGCAUUUUCACCUCUAGGUGAGAGGCGAAAGCGCUGUCGCCUCUCACCUAGAGGUGAAAAUCCUCAUUGGUAACUGAAAAGCUUUUCAGUUACCAAUGGGGAUUUUCGCCACUCGGUGAGUGGCGAAAGCGCUUUCGCCACUCACCGAGUGGUGAAAAUCCCCAUUGGUAGCUGAAAAAUGUUUCAGUUACCAAUGGGGAUUUUCACCAGCCGGGGGCCGGCGAAAGGCAUUUACACACUUGAAUUUCUCAGGCUCUAAAAGAAAAGCGGCGUUUUUCUUUUAGAGCCUGAGAAAUUCAUGUGUGUCAAAUUCGAUUUCUUCAAAAAGUUCAACCUUUGGCCGCCGUGAUCCGGAGCUGGCAAUCAAGCCAGCCCCGACGGUCGGCGACCAACCGCCUUGUUGGCGAAAGCGGAUUGGUUCAACAUUUACACACAUGAAUUUCUCAUGCUCUAGAAGAAAAACGCCGCUUUUCUUUUAGAGCCUGAGAAAUUCAUGUGUGUCAGAUUUGAUUACUUGAAAAGAUUGAACCUUUGGCCGCCGUGAUCCGGAGCUGGCAAUCAAGCCAGCCCAGACGGCCGGCGACCAGCCGCCCUUUUGAUGGAAGGGGAUUGGCUCAACAUUUACACACAUGAAUUUCUCAGGCUCUGAAAGAAAGACGCCGUUUUUCUUUCAGAGCCUGAGAAAUUCAUGUGUGUCGAAUUUGUUGGCUUCGGAACCUCAAAGCCGUGGUGGGCACCUCAUGGACUAGGCAAUGGAGCCAACCUCGGCGUUCGGGGAUCAAGCGGCUCCGGAUCGAGGGCCGGCUUGUUCGAAGUCCACAAAAGAGAAGCUCCAGAGUUCUGGAAGAAAAACGGCGCGUACCUUUCAGAGUUCUCGAAGCCCCCUUUUCGGGGCCUUGUUGACUUUGGAAGCUGAAUGGGGUUCGCCGGGGCCGGGUUUUGGGCGCGUGUUAUAAGAUUCGCAGAGGGUUUCGAAGUUUGCGAAUUUUAAAUUUUCAGAAAUGGACUCUCACAUGAAUUUCCGAGAGCCUAUAGUACGACUUCUUGAUGUUCUGGAUUCACGUACUUUUUCUGCACCAAAUUCCGCUAAAAACGCUCUGUUCGAGGAACCGUCUCGUGGACUGGUGGGUGACCACGACACAGCAGCGCAACAAGACGCUGGUGCUCACAGCGUGGUGGGGCCGUGGGACAACGGCGCGCUCUCAGGAUGAAGACCGGGAAAAUAUUGAAUCGUCUGGCAAGAAAAACCAAGUGUGGAUCAUGUGGCGCGGAAGAAGCAAAACGACAACGAGGAAAUCAAGUGAAGAGGACCACAACUCCUGUCGGGGAAGCACAGUGGUCCCUAGGUCGGUUCCGGCUGGCACCACAACGAGAAGUAACAACGCAGUUACACAACUCGUGGAGAAGAACAAGAAAUUCGAUCAGAUCAUGCAGAUCGGCCAUGAUCAUGUGAGCCUUGGUGCCCAGGCUACUAUUUGCCGCUCCUUCCAACCCUCCAAUCCACCGGGUAAGGUCAGCAAGUGGCACUCGCGACACCAUAGUGCGGCGGCGGCGGCGCUGUGGCCGGUGGACACGGUGCACCACGGGCUGUUGGACGGUUUUCUGCAGGUCGCAGUCAACAUUGCGGUGCAGCAGAAGAGCUUUUUGUUUUUCCCGGGCAGUUAUCAAAUGCAAACAUGUCUGGGUCUGGAAACUUGUGAUGCUAAAAUGUGGAUGAGGAUGAUGGAAACACUUCCGACUGCAGCCCACCAUGACAGUCCGCAGGGGAAACUGCGUUUUUGCAUGACAGCACAGAUGGCUGCGGCUUUUGUCGGUUAUGUUGAGCUAGCAUUACAAGUUCCAGCUUCCCAGACCCAGACAUAUUUGCAUUUGAUAGCAGUCUUCCUAAGCACGACUUCACGCGUUUGCUGCACAAUGUGCUGAUCACCUUUCUCUUGACCGAAUCCCACUCCGGCCUGGAUGCGCCGUUUUCGCUGCACCGCGUCCUGGGUAAGAAGUUCUACGUAUGAAAUGCAAAUGCAUCGUACUAGUAGAAAUCGCAUGACAAAUUCUCUCAGCAUGAAAAAUGAAGUUUGUAAUGCGGAUUGAGGUUAAGAAGGAGAUUUGUAAUGCAUGACUGGGAUUAUUACGAGUACGAUACUUUUGCACAGGAUACUACGGCGGCGCUUGGAAUCAUGACGCGCAUCACGCGGGCGGAAACCGUCACCUCCAACAGUUCUUCUGCUACCUGGACUGGUUCUUCAAGCUGGACGAACAACCUGCGUGAUGGGAGUGUAGCGAUGUUGAGGUAGCCAGGACUAGGAGGAGCAGUAUUUCAUCUGGCAGGAAUUAUGAAUGUAUCACGUCGUUUUUCGACAGGUCGCGGGCGUCGUGGUGAAGCUUUUUACACAUUUUCCGUUUGUUGUCCUGCCAUACUUGUAAAGUCGCAGGUGGCAGUGGCAGAAGCAGUAACUGUACCAUAAAGCAUGAGGCCCAAUGAAUGUUUCACUGUGAAGUACAACUUGAGCUCCAUUUUCGCUGUCAGAUUCAUGACGAAGAAGGGACCACAAUGAAUACUACUAUUUUCAUUCUUGAAGCGACCUU